AUGUGUAUGUUCAUAUCUGUUUAUAACUAUCAAUCUCUCUCUAUCUCUUGCUCUGUCUAUCUCUCUCUAUCUCUUGCUCUUGUAUGUUCAUAUUCUAUCAUCUAUCUAUCUAUCUAUCUAUCUAUCUAUCUAUCUAUCUCAGACUGUUCAUAUUCUAUCUCUCUAUCAGUAUAUGAUCAUAACUAUCUAUCUAUCAGUGUAUGUUCAUAUCUAUCUAUCUAUCUAUCUAUCUAUCUAUCUAUCUAUCCAGUCUAUUCAUAUCUCGUAGGACUGUAUGUUCAUAUCUAUCUAUCUAUCUAUCUAUCUAUCUAUCUCAGCCUGUUCAUAUCUAUCUAUCUAUCUAUCUAUCUAUCUAUCAGUGUAUGUUCAUAUUCAUUUUAUCUAUCUAUCUAUCUAUCUAUCUAUCUAUCUAUCUAUCUAUCUAUCUCAGUCUAUUCAUAUCUAUCACUGUAUGUUCAUAUCUAUCUAUCUAUCUAUCUAUCUAUCUAUCUAUCUAUCUAUCUAUCUAUCUCAGUCUAUUCAUAUCUAUCUAUCUAUCUAUCUAUCUAUCUCAGCCUAAAGUUAAACAGAAAAACAAGAAAUAUCUCUAUCUUUCCGUCUGCCUUUUUUUCUCACUUCCCCCUUUCUUUCCCUAAAACCAAACAGUGCUUUUCAUAUAUGUUUUCUUCAGUUUCGUUGUCAGAGGACAGGCAAGCUAUUACAGUUUUCUUCUCGUAA